CGCCGCCAUUUUCCAUGUUAUUCUCUUUUGCCACACUGUGUCACCAAUUUUGAAUGCAAGAGUUUGUAAUUGUUUGUUGAGUUUUGGGUUAUUAAAUUCCCGGCUUCUCCAGUAUAGCGGAGAGGGGAGUUUAAGUCCAAAUUCAGCUGAGGAGACGCCCCGCACAGACAGCCAUGUAUAUCAAACAGGUCAUCAUCCAGGGGUUCCGAAGUUACAGGGACCAAACUGUGGUUGACCCGUUUAGUCCAAAGCACAAUGUUAUCGUCGGAAGGAAUGGGUCAGGAAAAAGUAACUUUUUCUACGCCAUUCAGUUUGUGCUCAGUGAUGAGUUCAGCCACCUGCGACCUGAACAGCGCCUGGCCCUGCUCCAUGAAGGAACUGGUCCUCGUGUCAUUUCAGCUUUUGUGGAGAUUAUAUUUGACAACUCUGACAACCGGCUGCCGAUUGACAAAGAGGAAGUCUCCCUUCGCCGCGUCAUUGGCGCCAAGAAGGACCAGUACUUCUUAGACAAGAAGAUGGUGACUAAGAAUGAUGUCAUGAACCUUCUGGAGAGUGCUGGCUUCUCCCGCAGUAACCCUUACUACAUCGUCAAGCAGGGAAAGAUCAACCAAAUGGCCACAGCACCUGACUCCCAGCGCCUGAAACUGCUGCGAGAGGUGGCAGGGACACGGGUGUAUGAUGAGCGCAAGGAGGAGAGUAUUUCUCUCAUGAAGGAGACAGAGGGGAAACGGGAGAAGAUCAAUGAGCUGCUGAAGUACAUUGAGGAGCGUCUGCACACCCUGGAGGAUGAGAAGGAGGAGCUGGCUCAGUACCAGAAGUGGGACAAGAUGAGAAGAGCGCUGGAGUACACCAUCUACAACCAGGAGCUGAACGAAACCCGCGCCAAACUAGACGAGUUGUCCAGCAAGAGAGAGACCUGUGGAGACAAAUCCAGGCAGCUGCGUGAUGCUCAGCAAGAUGCCAGAGACAAAGUAGAGGAGACAGAGCGUGUAGUGCGGGAGCUGAAAUCCAAGAUCUCUGCUAUGAAGGAGGAGAGAGAGCAGCUGUCGGCAGAGCGCCAGGAGCAGAUCAAGCAGAGGACCAAGCUUGAGUUGAAGGCCAAGGACCUGCAGGAUGAGCUGGCAGGCAACAGCGAACAGAGGAAACGCCUGCUUAAGGAGCGACAGAAGCUGCUGGAGAAAAUCGAGGAAAAGCAAAAAGAGCUGCAGGAGACAGAGCCCAAAUUCAACAUGGUGAAGGAAAAAGAGGAGCGGGGUAUCUCCAGACUGGCCCAGGCUACUCAGGAGAGGACUGACCUGUAUGCCAAGCAGGGCCGUGGCAGUCAGUUCACCUCCAAGGAGGAGAGGGACAAGUGGAUUAAGAAGGAGCUUAAGUCUCUGGACCAGGCCAUCAACGAUAAAAAGAGGCAGAUCGCAGCCAUCCACAAAGACCUGGAGGACACAGAGACAAAUAAGGAGAAGAACCUCGAGCAGUACAAUAAACUCGAUCAGGAUCUAAAUGAGGUCAAGACUCGUGUUGAGGAGCUGGACAAAAAAUAUUAUGAAGUGAAGAACAGGAAAGAUGAGCUGCAGAGCGAAAGAAAGUAAGAGCCUUGUCUUUCCCUC